CCCAAAGCGAAUGUGAAAUGGAAUAGAUGACGAGGUGGAAGUGAAAAUUCACGUGUGCUCUCUCUUAGACAAUUCUCAAAACAUAUCUCGAGAGUGUGUGUAGAAGAAAUAAUUCAUAAUGUUCCGUCUUCAGGCUGUGCUUGGUGUUGUGAUCUAUCUCCAUGUAGCGAGUAGCUUCCGCAUUCUAGGACUCUUUCCGCACGCCGGCGAGAGUCACUACCAAAUCUUCCAGCCCAUCAUGAAGGCCCUCGUGGAGGCAGGGCACGAGGUCACUGUGCUGAGCCACUUCCCCGAGCGCUCCAACAACACGGGCCUCCGCGUUCUCUUGAUUGACGAGCAGCAGAAGUCAUCUUUGCUGAAUUUCAUAGAUUUGUCGCUCUUCGAAAAUCGACGACCGUACAAUCACUUUCUCGAGUUCUUUAUGCUCCACGAAUGGGGCGUCGAGAGCUGCCGUAAGGCGUUGGGCUCUGCUGCCCUGCAAAAUCUCCUCACCUCCGGAGAGACAUUCGAUCUGAUCAUUGCUGAGAUCUUCAACACCGACUGCAUGCUGGCCGUGGCGCACAAGCUCAAUGUGCCCGUUAUCGGACUCAGCAGCUGCACUCUCCAGCCCUGGCACCUGGACCGCGUGGGAAUUCCCAAUCUGCCCUCCUACGUUCCCGCGCUCUUCAUGCCCUACAGCGAGGAGAUGAGCUUCAGCCAGCGCCUGGCCAACUGGAUCACACUGCAAUCCUUCAAGCUGGGCUACAGACUCUUCAACGAUCGCGUCGCCAACAAUCUCGUGGAGGAGUACCUCGGCCCAGGGAUUCCAGAUGUCGGAGAGCUGGCUCUGAAGACCAGCCUGGUUAUGGUCAACACUCACUAUUCGCUGAGUGGAACGAAGCCUUUGCCGCCUUCGGUGAUAGAAGUCGGCGGCGGAUAUCUCUUCAGUCAGCACGAGAACACGCUGGACUCCAAACUCGAUCCAGAACUCAAGCAAUUCCUCGACACCGCCGACAAUGGGGUCAUUUACAUCAGUUGGGGAUCGAUGAUCAGAGCUGAAACUCUCCCUGCCGAAAAGCGCGAUGGCAUUCUGCAGGCUCUGGCCAUGCAGCCGCAGAAGGUGCUGUGGAAGUGGGAGAAUGAGACCAUUCCCAACAAGCCGGACAACGUCUACUUCCGCAAAUGGAUGCCCCAACGUGAUAUUCUCUGCCAUCCCAAGGUGCGCGUCUUCAUGACGCACGGCGGACUCUUGGGCAGCUCUGAGGCCGCCUAUUGUGGAGUCCCAGCGAUCGUGACGCCCAUGUACGGUGAUCAAUUCUUCAACGGAGCCUCCCUGGAGCACCGCGGCAUGGGCGUCGUGCUGCCCUAUGAGGACAUCUCCAAAGACACCGUCCACAAAGCCCUGCAAAAAGCCCUCGAUUCUAGCUUCCUGGCCAACGCCAAGAAGGUCUCCUAUGCCUACAAGAAUCGCCCCAAGACACCUCUGGAAACUGCCGUGUGGUGGGCGGAACAUGUGAUAAAGACGGGUGGAUCUCCCCUCACGAAGAGUCACAGUGUCUUCCUUCCCUGGUACAUCUACCACUCACUCGAUGUGAUCGCCACACUCCUCCUGGGCUGCGUCAUCCUCCUCACCGCCUGGAUUUGGUUCAUCAGACGCCUCUUGGGCUCCAAUCGCAAGCAAAAAUCCACCGUUACGCACAAGCAGAAAGUGAAUUGAAGCAAAUUGAGGCC